AGUAUUCUGCCCUAUAUCCACAGCGGCCACGCCCAUUCGCGUUUGGAAAAAAAAAGGAAGGGUCCCUGAAACCGGAAGCGGUACCGGGAAUAGUGAGCGAAACCGGAAAGCCUCAGUGACUCACCGCAGAGAGUGGCGCAUAUCUCGAUAGGGCUGAAAGUGUACGGGAAGGCGGACAUGUCUGUGUGAGAUUUGCUGUCCGUGGAUGUGUAUCUGCUACUGAGCUGCUGCAGCGGGAGGCUGAGCUUAUUUCCCCCCCCUGAAAGUGAUACUGGACUGUUCCAAUGCCUCUUGGUCUUGGCCGCAGAAAGAAGGCAUCUCCUCUGAUGGAGGAUGAAGAUGUGAGUGAGCGCAGUGCACUUGGUAUUUCCCAGACAAGCAGCAUUCCUGGAGGUUCUAUAUCUUCCAUUCCUCCUGGAUUACCCCCUCCUGCACCUGCGCUGCGCCCCAGACUGGUCUUCCAUGCUCAGCUGGCACACGGGAGUCCAACAGGCAGGAUCGAGGGAUUCAGUAAUGUGAAGGAACUGUACGGGAAGAUUGCAGAGGCAUUCAAUAUUCCUGUUGGGGAGGUGAUGUUCUGCACUCUGAACACUCACCGGCUGGACAUGGAUAAGCUGCUGGGAGGACAGAUUGGUCUGGAGGAUUUUAUCUUUGCUCAUGUGCGGGGACAGAAGAAGGAGCUGGAAGUCUAUAAGUCCGAGGACUCUCUUGGGCUGACAAUCACAGAUAAUGGAGCAGGCUUUCCCUUCAUCAAGCGCAUUAAGGAGGGCAGUAUCAUUCACCGCACGCAGUUAAUUGGAGUCGGAGAUAUGAUCGAGGCUAUCAACGGGAAGAAUUUGAUUGGCAGCCGUCACUUUGAGGUUGCCAGAAUACUGAAAGAAUUGCCCCGUGGGCGCAAGUUCACAUUGAAAUUAUGUGAGCCCCUGAAGGCCUUUGAAAUGAUUGCCCCACGUUCCGGCUUUUCUGGCGUCGGUUCUGGGGCAUCUCCAUCUGGCAGAGGAACACUGCGCCUCCGGUCUAAGGGUCCCCCUACUGUGGAGCAACUGGUGUCUGUUAUUGAAGAGAAAGCUGUGCAGAAAGUGGAUGAUCUGCUGGAAAGUUACAUGGGAAUCAGAGACAACGAACUGGCUGGCACUAUGGUGGAACUGGGUAUGGAUAAACAGAAUCCCGAUGAUUUUUCUCAGGCUUUGGACCGAGCACUAGGAGACUUUGCCUUCCCAGACGAGUUUGUUUUCGACGUUUGGGGGGCGAUAGGAGAUGCCAAGGCUGGCCGCUAUUAACCCGCGACAUUCCCUUUAAAGAGAAACAUUUGCUGCUGCCUCGGCCCCUUCUGCAACAUCAUGGAACGCUCCAGCGUGAAAAGACCGAGGUUCAUUGGCUGACUGAUUUUAAGAGACACUGCCAUUGUAUAAAGAGUGGAGAGACUGUUACAUACACCUGCCAUUAUACGUAUAGUAGACUAUUCCCAGCUGACGGGAACUUGGACCUGAUGCGACUCUUGCUAAACAAUUCUACUGGUCUUUAAAGGGAUUCUGUCAUGGGGAAAACACAUCAGUUUAUAGUGCUGCUCCAGUAGAAUUCUGCACUGAAAUCCCAUUUUCAAAAGCACAAACAGAUUUUUUUUAUAUUCAAUUUUGAAAUCUUACAUGGGGCUAGACAUAUUGUCAGUUUCCCAGCUGCCCCCAGUCAUGUGAUUUGUGCUCUGAUAAACUUCAGUCACUUUUUACUAGAGAUGCACCAAAUCCACUUUUUGGGAUUCGGCCGAUCCCCCGAAUCCUCAGUGAAAGAUUCAGACGAAUACCAAACCGAAUUGGAAUCCUAAUUUGCAUAUGCAAAUUAGGGGCAGGAAAGGAAAAGGUGUGGGGGGGAAAUGUUUUUUCUUCCUUGUUUUGUGACAAAAAGUCACGUGAUUUCCCUUCCCAAACCUAAUUUACAUAUGCAAAUUCGGAUUCGGUUGGGCCAUGCACAAGGAUUUACCUGAAUCUGGAUCCUGCUGAAAAAGGCCGAACUGGAUACGGUGCAUCCCUACUUUUUACUGCUGUACUGCAGUACUGUUGGAUAUCACCCAACAGAACAAUGGGAAGGUAACCAAAUAACAGCUCCCUAACACAAGAUAACAACUGCCUGGUAGAUCUAAGAACAGCACUCAAUAGUAAAAUCCAGGUCCCACUUAGACACAUUCAGUUACAUUGAGUAGGAGAAACAAAAGCCUGCCAGAAAGCAGUUCCAUCCUAAAGUGCUGGCUCUUUCUGAAAGCACAUGACCAGGCAAAAUGACUUGCUGGUUCAGCAAUAAAAUUUUAUAUUGUAGAGUGAAUUAUUUGCAGUGUAAAUAGUGUCAUUUAGAAACAAAGCACGAUUAAAAUUAGGGAUGCACUGAAUCCAGGAUUCGGUUCGGAAUUCGGACAGGAUUCGGCCUUUUUCAGCAAGAUUCAAAUUUGGCCGAAUCCUUCUGCCCGGGUGAACCAAAUCUGAAUCCUAAUUUGCAUAUGCAAAUUAGGGAUGGGGAGCGAAACCACGUUACUUUUUGUCACAAAACAAGGAAGUUAAAAAUGUUUUCACUUUCCAUAUGCAAAUUAGGAUUCGGUUCGAUAUUUGGCCGAAUAUUUAGCGAUUCGGGGGUUCGGCCGAAGCCAAAAUAGUGGAUUCUGUGCAUCCCUAAUAAAAAUCAUGACAGAAUCCCUUUAACCACUGUCCAAGCCCGUGAGGUGGAAGCCAUAGUUUCUUAGAUAGACUGUUAGCUCUCCGUCCCCAUUUUUCCUCAUAGCGAGGACUGUUACAGAGCUGCGUCAGGCCUAGACUUGGGCAGGACAACGUUUCAUCAUUAACGUAACUAACACUACACUCCAGCCAUGUCAUUGUUACAUUCCUCCUUGGAUUUUGUGGACCAAGAUAACCUGAUCAGGUGUGUGAGAUACAAUGAAGUCUCAUAGAAUUAGAUUUCCAGCUUGCAACCUCCAGCACAGACCCAGUUCAGCAUCGCUGAGAGUUGUAGUUCACCAGCAUUGAAAGUAGCACAGAUUAGAUAUAUCUAAUAGGGGUUGUUCACAUUUGAUUUAACAGUAGUAGAGAGUGAUAUUCUGAGACAAUUUGCAAUUGGUUUUCAUUAUUUGUGGUUUUUGAGAUAUUUAGCUUUUUAUUCAGCAGCUCUCCAGUUUCAGCAAUCUGGUUGCUAGGGGUCCAAGUGAACCUAGCAACCAUGCAUUGAUUUGAAUAAGAGACUGGUAAACGUCUAAAUAGAAAGAGGAGUAAUAAAAAGUAGCAAUAACAAUACAUUUGUAGCCUGACAGAGCGUUUGUUUUUUAGAUGGGGUCAGUGACCCCCAUUUGAAACCUGGAAAGAGUCAGAAUAAUUUAAAAAAACGAUAAAUAAAUAAUGACAACCAAUUCAAAAGUUACUUAGAAUUAGUCAUUCAAUAACAUACUUAAAGGUGGAUCACCCCAUUUAACACCUUAUCCUAAUUUGAGAUGAUGCCAGGUUAAUCUAAAUGGAGGUUUUGGAGUAAAUACAGAGUAACAUUGUCCCCAGUUUUAGUAUCUUUAACUUGUAUUGCUCUCCAGCUGUUACUGAGGCAUGAUGGGAGCUGUAGUUCAACUCUCACAGGUUGAUGCCCCGCCUCCUCCUUAUAGGCGUAAGGUAUGUGUUGCGUUAGCACAGAGAUCGUCUACCUGAGCCUUUCUCCAGGUGAUCCUGAGCAUGGGAUUGUGGGAAAUGUAGUUCAGCAUGUGAUGGAGAGAGUCCCAGUGAUGAUCAGUCCCAUGUACAUCUGUAACUUCUCAUCUCACAAAAGUGACUGACACUAAUAACGUACGGGAGUCCUCUACUACUGCUUUUCUCUUAAUGGACUCGCUUCUCUUUUUGUCUUGUUUUUUUUUAAUUUAACGCGGUUUUGCCCAUUUUAUGACUGUAAGAGAAAAUAUUGAGUUUAUUAAAAUAUUUUAUACUUAUUGA